UUUCAAUAGAUAGUUUUAAAAACCAGCACACAAGUUUGAAUAAGUUCUCAUUACCCAACCCACUGAUUAAUUUGGUCCCAUUUAUCUCCUUCAAACCAAGAUUCCAGUUUUCCAUAGAGAAGCUUUUCCGCAAUUAUAUCACCUAGCUCCACAUUCAAAUUUUUUUCCUAAAAAAUUAUAGUGUUCUCGUAUUAAAUCAUACAUAUGAACAUGGAUGAUGAUGAUAGUAAUUCCCAAAACGGUAGUCUAAGAUCAAUUAAUCCAGCUGCCUAUGCCACAAAGGGAAGAGUUAUGACCAUUUCCGCCGUGGUUCUCUUCCUAGCUCUCCUCAUUAUCGCCGUUUUCCACAUUUACACUCGGUGGGUUGUGGAUGAUGAUCGUCGGCGCCGCCGCGGCCCGAGCCAACGCGUCCGGGGUGCGACGGCCGGUUCGUCGUCCUUUGUGGACCGUGGAAAAGGGCUCCGGCCAACAAUCCUGAAAUCGCUUCCGACUUUUAUGUAUUCCCCUUCAACAGCAGCACGUGAUCAAGUGCGACCGGAUUCGGCGCCGGAGUGCGCGGUGUGCUUGUCGGAAUUCGAGGACGGUGAAUCUCUACGGGUUUUACCCGGCUGCAAACACUCGUUCCACGUGGAAUGUAUCGACUUGUGGUUUCGGAGCCACUCUAACUGCCCGCUUUGCAGAGCUCCGGUGAAGAACCCGGGCCGGACUCAGGUCAUACUCGCUCAAUUUCAGCCUGAUUCAGUUGGCGCGGGUUCCGUUCUUCCGGUAGUAUGGUGUUCCUUCAUAGGUGGCCGUAAGCUUCCGGAAUUGACCAGUAUAAGAGUGGAUACUCUAGCAGAAGGAGAUUCCCAGGGGAGUCGUCCUGCGCCGGGGAGUUCGUCCUAAUGGUCGAAUGGGCCACCGGAGAAAUGACACCUGGAAUCCGAUUUAUUUAUUUCAUGUAAUAUUGUAUUAGUCUCCACAAUCCACAAUAGUAACUAAUCGGCUAAUUGAGUUAUAAACAGUUAGAUAGGUAGGGCGAGUGGAAGUUCAACCCAUUGGACUAUAUUUGGAAACUAUGUAAAUUGACAAAUGACAUACCAUAAAAUCUUAUUCUUAGCCAAAAGGCCGAGAAGCACGCUAAGUAUACUGUAAAUAUUCGUCGACACUGAUGAAGCGAUGAAGUGAUGAAAUUGACUUUGCGGGAAUCAUUAAUGAUUCGAAUUUUUC